UAUGAACUUCUGGAUGGCCCCCCGUUUGCGAAUGGCGACGCUCACGUUGGCCAUGCAAUUAAUAAAAUUUUGAAAGAUUUUAUUGUUCGCUGUCAGAUUUAUCGAGGCAACCGUGUUCUCUAUCGGCCCGGAUGGGACUGCCAUGGACUUCCAAUUGAAAUGAAAAUUGCAAAAAACACUCAGCAAUUUUUGCAGAAAAUGUCACCGAUUGAUAUACGUAAAACAGCACGACAAAUAGCUCUUCAUUCAAUUGCUCGACAACAGAAUUCAUUCAAACGUUGGGCUGUUACAGCCGACUGGGCAAACCCGUAUUUUACAAUGAACAAGCAUUAUGUUGCAAACGAACUUAGGCUAUUCGGCGAAUUGUUUAGGCGUAACAUAGUUUAUCGAGCCUUUAUGCCUGUCUUCUGGUUAGUUUAG